GACCCGGACAACCCGGAGAAAACCCGCAUGUCCGGCUUGGUGAUCGCAUUCCAAACUCACAUGCGCUUUAGUUUUGGUUUAAUCGUACCUAAUACAUGACACACUCGUAUCGGUAUGUUAACAAUUUAAUCUUUUGGUGUUUGAUUAAGGAAUGGAGUCAAUAGUCAACAUGGCAUCGUCCGAACAUUGGCGAAAAAAGGGAAAUGAGCUAUAUGUAAGUGUAAAGGAAGGCCUUGCUCCCACAGUGAAGACAGAAAGGUACAAGCAAGCCAUUCAAUGUUACAAUCGGGCCUUUGAUAUGGGAAAGACGGAAGAUGAUAAAACAUCAGCAGCGAAAAACAUUGGUAUGGCAAGUUGGCGACUGAUGAAAGUUCAUUCAGAGAGUGACUGUUACUCUCCACAGUACAGAUACACCCUGUUCUAUCACAUCAAAGAAGCUUUCAAGUUCUUCUCCUUUGCCUACCAGCACGGCUUCAAUGUAAAACCCCUCUCUUGGGUCACAGGUGUUCUCACAUCCUGUAGAGCAUGCUGGGAAGAUGUGGCGACCAAUGUUCUUGAUGUUUUUGACAUAGAGCUGCGUUGCCAGGCGAUAUAUGACAUUGCCAUGGCUAUAGAGGUGAAGGAGGUCAAGAGUGAAGCCUUCCUAAAACUGGCAGAGUGCCAAUUCCACAGAGGAAUCGUGGCAAUACAGGACAAGGAUUACAAGAAAUGCCUGAAUGCCAUGAGGGAGUGCUAUAUGCCGAUCAAUGAGGCAGGGAGGAUCAGCCCAGAAGAGCAGAUUCAAACAGAGGUUCGAGUCCUUGAGCAGGAUGUCCUAAUGCACACGUGCAUGGCUGAGUCAAUGCAGGCCAGAGAUAUAGGUGACGCCCUAUUUGAGAAGGUCCUGAGGGACGAGGAAUCUCUUAACAUUGACAUGGUGUGGGAAGUUAUUGAUUGGUACAAACAGGCCUGUAUCAGGACCAGGGACAUCACAGAGGUUGAACUGGAGGCAAUAAGCCUAAGCCGUCUAGGCCGCGUGUAUGGCCGCGUCCUUAAGCUGAAGUACAAAGCCAAGGAGUACUACAAGCUUGCCAUUCAACUGGCUCAUUCCAUGUACCCCCGCACUUUUGUUCUAGAAGACUGGUUCCAAGAGGCCACCACUAGCCUUGCUGAGUACCAGUCUGAAACGGUUCAAGCUGAAGAAGAAAGAAAAGCUGCUGAAAAGAAAGAGGUCCUGAAAACUCUGGAGAAAGAAAUAAAACUACUGGACUCAAAGGUGGAUGUAAGUCAUGACGAAUUCCUGAAGUUUGUGUACAAUAAAUUCCCACCAAAGGACAAAUCCAAAAAACUGGUUCUUCCGAAACAGACGGAAAGUGAUAGGCUCACAAAAAUAAAAAAGACGCUUCAAAAAGCAGUUGUUCAUUACCAUCCAGAUAGCAUUGAUGAGAAGUUAGAAGGGCAGAAGUGGAAGGUUUUGUCCGAGGAGAUUACAAAGUGUCUCACAAGGAGGUACGAAACAAUGAAGGGAUAGAAGAGUUUAAGAACUUUUGAAACAAUCAGAAUAGUUUUAAGAACUUGAGAUAGAAUUUGUAAGAACCUGGGAUAGUCUUGAAAAGAAUAGUUGAUAGAAUUUGAAGAGUUUUAAGAAGUUGAGAUAGAAUGAGUAUAGUUUAAGGAAAUUGAGAUAGAAUUUGAAGAUUUUUAAGAACUUUACAUAGAAUUUAAAGAUUUUCAGAUCUUAAAAUCAAUUUUUAACUCAAGACUCAAAGUUGCAAAUCUUAAAUUGGUAUUUGGUGAGGAACAGUUAUAAACAUUGCUUCAUGUUACAGAUGACAUGUUUAAUAAGUAUUUACACAUUUUUUUUGUCAACAUUUACUGUAUAUAAUAUAUUUGUAACAUUAACAAAAGUUUCUUUUCUGAGCCAGUGUCUCAAAUUCAAGAUAAAUGGUGUAUAAAUGUGCUCAGAACUUACAGAACAGUUUCAAGCUUGAAUUACUGAGAGAGAAAAACUUGUGGAAGAAAAGUUUUCAGAACUUUUAAAAGCUUGUGAAAAAAACUGGAGACAGAUGAUUUUUUUAUGUAAUAAAUUUGAGAUAGAAGUUUUGUAAAUAUGAAAUAGAACUUUUUUAUAACUUGAGAUAGAUAUUGAAAGAAAUUGUUAGCUUGUCUGUUUUAUUUUUCAAAAAAUAAAAGUCAGGGUAUUGUUUUAGCCUCUGUGUCUUUGGUUUUUUUGUCAGCAUUGACUACGUUGGAGUGCAAUUUGAGUAAUCUUGACCUUUACUCAACAACUGCUUUAGUGUUAAAAUAAAAAUUGUAACUCAUGUUGCCAGAGACAAUACACAUACUUACAGCAAGGCUUGUAACUCUUGCUGUAAUACUUAUUGAGUUAUACCCCUUGUUUGACUGAGAGAGAAAAAAACAACACAGAUGAGUGUUGGUGUUCCCUGUGCAGCCAUUUUGUUCUGAACUUGAGAUUGUACUUCAUUAGUUUUUCAGAACUGAAAUAAAACUUGUUCUUCAUUAAACAUUAGAUAAAAUUAUGUUUUAAGUUGAACUAACAGCCAAUAAUGUGGUUAGCGUUUGUGAUUAUAAAAAUGGUGAUAAUGUUUUAUGGGCCUUGUGGGCUAUUUGUUGCUUUUUUGUGAUUUUUAGCAUGAAGUGUAUUUUUUUGAAUUUGGUGAAAUGUCUAGUCCAUGAUACACAUAAGAAUUAUCAAGCCUCAAAGUUACCUUUAUUUCUCAAAUUCCUUUUUUCAAGUUUUUUUUUUAAAUUAAAAAAAGAAUGUUGGACAUAUUUUGAGAAUAAACUGCAUUUUGUUAUUAUUUUAUUCAUCAUGAAUAUCAUUUUGUAGAAUUUUGAAACUUUUUUGUAUAAAUUUCAAUUUUGUUCGAAGUUUUUGUUUCAAUUUAAUGUUCCUUAUUAUAUACUGUGUAGUCUAUAUUUUUAAGAAUCAACGCUUAUUUUUAAAAUGUAGGUAGAGUGUAUAUUAUUGACAUAGUUAAAUCAACUGUUUGCUAAAUAAAGUUUUAUUCCAGGGACAAAGUUGGAUUUAAUCAGAUAAUGCCAGUUAUUUUGGUUUCUAAAUCACAGGCACUAGCAUCUGUAAAUUUCACAAUUUUAGUGUUUUUUUCUAUUUUAACAAUCAUAAGGGUGCUGGCCCUACUCACAUGAAAGUUCCUCCUUUGCUUACAAAACAUCUAAGAUUUAUCAACUCCAGUUUUAUGGAUCAUAACAUAUAAUGUAAAAAUCAACUCACAAAAUUUGAAUUAUGCGUGAUUUUAAUACUGCAUCAGCUUAAACAUAAUUAGUAUAAUCUUUACAUAUAUAUUUGAUAUUGAAAUAGAAAUGAAAAAGAAUUUCCUGUAUUAAAAAAGAAAUGUGCAUAUCUUUAAACUGUGACAUAGGAUUUUCUUGCAUUCCGGAAGUGUUCCUGAUCAUGUGACCAGUGCGCUGGCAUUGUUGGGAAAAAAAACGCCUUAUGAUGUCAGUAAACAACGUCGCACACGCAUUUUGGUGAAAUGUACAAAAGUGUGGUUUUUACGUCAAUUUUCUCACAAAUUGAUAAUUUUAGAUAUGCAAGAAAAAAUAUCAAUCAUGUUUGUCCGGUCCAGAUUGAAAAAUCUGACCCUCGGGUACGCUGUGUGCCCGCUAAAAAGGCUUGCUGGAUUUUCUAUUGACCGGAAACACAUGAUAGAUACUUAAAUUAAUAGAAAACCAUUUUUAUAUUUGAAACCUUAAUACCCAUUAUUGGAUAUUGCAGGAAAAUCAUACUUGUGUAACUUUACUUUAUCAUGGUGGGUUCUUUUCAAAGUAUUUUAUAUAUAUACAAAUGUGCUCUUUCAGUGCUUUGUGUGUGCUACAUAAUAAUUCUUUUAUUGCUUUUAUGUUUUUUUGUAAUCUUUUUAUGAUGAAAAAUAUAAUGUCUUUCUUGUCUGCAUGUUUUUAAUGUUACUUGUAAAUGUUUGUAUAAAUACUUUCUUGUUAAAAUGUUAAUUUUUUUGAAUAAACAUGCUUCAAAUUGGAUUUUGAGGAACAACUUGG